CCCUUUGUAGAUCUAUUAUCUAUGGCCAAAUAACAGCUAUCUAUGGCAAUAGCACAGUUCAGUUGUAGUUGUCAGUAAUAUUAUUUAUUGUUCGUUAAUAAUUUAAUCGUGUAUACGAGUGUAUACUAAAUAUAAUCAAAACGGAAUUUAGACUGCACAUAGUACAUAAUAUUUUUAUCUGUUACAACUCCAUGAACAAAAAAGAUAAUUUAAUGAAACUAUGGAACAAGUAGAAAGUAUGUGGCCUUACAUUCCACAACCGGUUUUAUAUAAUAUAUUUUCGUACUUAAACUAUAAGGAUUUAAUAAGGGCUGGAGAAGUGUGCCACUUGUGGUAUAUUGCUAGUCGUGAUGAUUUUCUUUGGAAGAGAAUAUUUUUCCAAAAUUUUAAAAUAGAGCGGUCAGUACCUCCCAUAAGUGGUAAAACAUGGUUGGAAGAGUUUAAGCGUUUGUGUUAUCAUAUUCCAAUUGUGCAAACGGAAACCCUUACUGAUCAUAUGCAUCAAGUAUUACAUGUCAGUUUUUCACAUAAUGGGAAAUAUUUUGCUACAUGUUCUAAAGAUGGGUAUAUAUUGGUAUGGAAUUCUACAUAUCCAGCAAGAAUUAAGUAUUUUAAAGAUAUGAAAAAGUUUUGUUGGAAAUACACACAGUAUUCUCAGUUUAAUGAAUCAGAUACAUUGUUAUUAGUGUCUGGAGUACAUUUUGGAUCACCUCAUAGUACAUCUGGAGAAAUUGCAGUCUUCAGUUUGCAAGCUGGCUUUGAGUUGCAAUGCCGGGUAGUGAAUAAGCCGUAUGAUAUUUUUGGAACAUGGUAUAGUGAUCAACACCUCUUAUCAGGCGACUUGCGUUGGUUGGCCCAUUUAGUUAGUACGUCUUUCUUGUGGUUAAAUAAAGCUUCACAAGAAACAAGUUCCGAGCAUGUACCUAUUACCCAGAAUUUGUUUCGAUUUUAUAAUAGAAAUGCUAGUUCUAUUAGAGCUAUUAUGGUAUCUAACUGUCUUCCUAAUUCUGAAAGGGCUGCUGGUGGUUCAGAAGACCUAAAUGAUGAAAUUCUGUUGAAAGAAAAUAUUGUGGAACAUGGAAAUCCUGUUAGUCAUCGUGAUAUAAAUGUUCUUACCAAUCAACCAACUACAACAAGAAAUCAAGUUCCUGUUUGCUCUUAUGGACGCUGGAAGUCGGGAGAUAUCGUCGAUUAUGUUACUCCAAUUCGAUAUAAUUCAGAUUAUAGGAAAGCUGAACAAGAAUAUAAAUGCUUAGAUGGUGAACCUGACGAUUUGAGUGAUGAAGGCAAAGAAAAUGAAUACGAUAGUAAUUCAGAGUCAUCUUUGGAAAUAGAUAAUAAUUGUGACUUUGAAAAUGAGGAGGAUUUAGUGCAUAAUGACAAGUACUUAAUUUUUACUACAGGAUUUAAAACGUAUACUCCCCAUCAAAUAGGUUUCAAAAGAAUAAGGCCAUUUAUGUUUCCUAAACGCAUUGAUCCUGGACCGUCCCUAAAAGAACGUUUGGAGUUACAUGAGCGUAAAAAAGAAAAAUUAAGAUCAGGAUCUCCACCAAAUGAACCUAAUUGGUUAGAUUUUGAUGCAGUAGCUGAUAAAUUUGAUAAAGUUGAUCAUUUGAUCGAUUUGCACGGUCAUAUAAUCGGAAUGGGUCUCAGCCCAGAUCACAGGUACCUUUAUGUGAAUAGCAGACCUUGGCCUCAAGGCUAUACAAUAAGUAACCCUUUGGAACCACCACCCAUAGCUCAAGAAAUAGAUAUCCAUGUUAUUGAUUUGGUUACAUUCAAGCAAGUCGGGAUAAUGCUUCGAUCUCACAAAGCCUAUACUCCAAAUAACGAAUGUUUUUUCAUAUUUCUAGACGUGUGUGAUAAAUAUGUAGCAAGUGGUGCUGAAGAUAACCACGGGUACUUGUGGGAUCGUCAUUAUGGGAUGUGUUUGGCAAAAUUUCCUCAUGCAGAUGUUGUUAAUUCAGUGGCUUUUAAUCCGAAGGAUCCCGAAAUGCUAGUCACUACAUCAGAUGAUAACACUAUAAAGAUCUGGAGAUCGAAAUCAAAAGUUAAGCAGUUUGGAUUAAAUUAUGCUCAGUUUCAGCAGGGUAUUGAAACAAGAAGGUAUCGUGGUCAAAACGCAUCUACAAAUCUGCGUGGUAGUUAUAAUCGAAAUACUUAAAAGUAUAUUUUACAAAUAUUGUAUCUGAUCUAUUUAAAUCAAUAUUAACCGAUACUGAAAAGGAACCUACCUACAUUAGUAGUACACACGUGAUAAAUUGCGAUGGAAUAUCCGUC